AUGGGAGAAGAGCUCAAGCAAGACAUUGACUGGGAAAGCAAAUGGCAAACCGGCAACACGCAAUGGGAUGCAGGAAAACCAAGCCCUGCUUUGAUUGAUCUAGUCGAAAAUGAAGAGACUAAAAAGUUAAUUCCUGAGCACGGACAAGGAUUAGUUCCGGGUUGCGGAUCAGGUUAUGAUGUUGUAUUUUUAGCUAGUAAAGAUAGACAUAUGACUGGCAUGGACUUUAGUCAAACCUGUGUCGACAAGCUGGUCAAGGAUCAUCCAGACGCAUCUGCCCAUAAUUACGAUUUUAUAUGCGCUGAUUUUUAUAAAUUCAAGGCACCUGAGGAAGGAUACGUUCUUGCUUAUGAUUACACGUUCCUCUGUGCCAUGGAGCCCUACAUGCGUCCUGCCUGGGCUCAAAAGUAUGCGGAAAUCAUUCAAAAAGACGGUAUUUUGAUUACAUUGAUGUACCCUCUGGAUAACCACGAGGGUGGACCACCUUUUGCCCUAAACGAGCAAGUGUACAGUGAAUUGUUGUCUGCUCAUUUCGAUCUCGUAUUCAUCAAGGAUGCCGUUGGACAUCCAUCGAGAAUUGGCAAGGAAAAGAUUGCAAUCUGGAAGAGGAAAUAG